AUGGAAACUAGCCCUACAAAUAUGAAGAACGUGGCAAAGACUGUAACCAUUUCUCACAUCUUACCACACAUUAAGAUAAUUCAUACUGAAGAGAAACCCUACAGAUGUGAAGAAUGUAACAAAGUCUUUAACUGGUCUUCAACUCAUACUAAAUAUAAGAGAAUUCAUAGAGAAGAUAAAUUUUAUAAAUAUGAAGAAUGUGACAAAAGCUUUAAAAACGUUUCAACGCUUAUUACACAUAAGAUAAUUUAUGUUGCAGAGAAAUUCUACAAAUGUGAAGAAUGUGGCAAAGUUUUUUUUUUGAAAUGGACCACUUUGUCGCCCAAUCUGGAGUGUAAUGGCGCAAUCUCAGCUCAUUGCAACCUCCGCCUCCUGGGUUCAAGAGAUUCUCCGGCCUCAACCUCCCAAGCACCUGGGAUUACAGGCGCCUGCCACCACGCCCAGCUAAAUUUUGUAUUUUUAGUAGAGACGGGGUUUCACCAUUUUGACCAGGCUGGUUUUGAACUCCUGACCUCAAGUGAUCCACCCGCCUUGGCCUCCCAAAGUGCCCCAAAGGGCUGGGAUUACAAGCAUGAGCCAUUGCGCCCGGUCGAAUGUGGCAAAGUUUUUAAUAAGUUAUCAAAUCAUACUGGAGAAAAACUCUACAAACUUAAAAGACAUGACAGUGCUCUUGAGAACACCUUACACUUUUCUAAACAUAAAAGAAAUCAUAGUGUCAAGAAACCCUAGAUGUGAGUCAUGUCACAAAGCCUUUAAAUGGUUGUCACACUUGAGUGUAAGAUAAUUUAUCCUAGAGAAAACUCUAUGAAGAAUGUGGCAAAAUAUUUAACCAAUACUCACACCUUGUCGCAUAGGAAAGCAUUUAUACUUGAAAAAAAAGUACACCUAUGAAGAAUGUGGAAAGGCCAUUAAUAUCUGCUCACAUCUUAACAUCACAGAGUUUAUACUUAAUACAAAUAUUAAAAAUGUAAUUACUGUCAGAAUAUCUUUUAGAAAAUAUAUAGCCUUAGAAUGGUGAAGAGUAUUUCUUUUGAUGACAAACAUUACAAAUAUAAAGACGGUUGUAGUACUAUAUUUGUAUCACAGAUCUUAUUAUGCAUACUUUGUACUAGAGAAAAACCCUAAAGUUGCUCAAACUUUGUUCACUAUCAGGGAAUUUAUAAUAGAGAAAAAAACCUGCAAAUGUAAUAAAUUUGGAAAAAAGUUUAUAAACUACAGCUUAGAAAACAGUAUACUAAGUUUUUUUUGUAAUUGCAGUAAAUAUGAAAAAUAUUCAAUCCAAAAUUAACUCUGUAAAUGUCAGAGAAUUCACAGUAGAAAUCAUAAGGCACUGGUACUUCAGACUACACUAAAUCAGAGUGUUGAGUUUAAAAAAUAAUUUCAAUCUAAAAUUUAGAUAAGUUAUUUGCAUAUAACUUUAAAAAGAGGAGAUGAUUUUUUGGAGAGUUAUAAUUACAUUUGAAGUAUACUUUUUGUAUGCUUCAAAUAUCAAAAAAAUUAACAUUGCAAUAUUUAAAAAAUUACAGACUCUUUGAAAAGCAAAUAAGGAUGUAAUUCAACUCUCAAAUUACUUCAUGCUCUUCAUUCCUACUUUAUUUACAUGUGAAAGCAUGUGAUCAAUUGUUGCUGCAUCAGAGAUAUCAGAGAUUCUUUUUUAUUAGGUGGGCAUUAUUUAUGACGUUUUUCAUAAAAGAGAAAGGAUAUUAAAAUAUAAAAUGCAUGAUAAAAAUCUAAAUGGAGAGGCUUUUUGUGGUUAACAAAAUAUUGAGUGAUGUAUGAGGUAGGUGUUGAGUAAUAUAUUUUUGUGCAUUAUAGUGAGAGAAAAACAUUUUAAAAUUUUAGUUAAAAUUAAAAUUAAAUUAGUGAUGUAUUAUAUUAAUUGUGC